AUGGCCACGCCACCCGACUGGGACCGCAAUGCGACGUGGGGCGGCUCGAAUGGCGGCGCCGGAGGAUCGAGAACACCGCUGAGACAGGCAUUCUCGUCGCUAUCGAAAUCGUCGGGCAAGAAGACCGCUCAGAGCCUCUCGGCAUCCGGCUCGACGACGCCGGCGCACCCGGCUUCCCGCAGCCAGAGCCCGGCGCCAGAACAAGGCGAUGGCAAGCCGACCGUUGCAAGCGACGCUGGGCUGGCCGAUGAUCUGGACAACAAGGCGAAGCUCUCUCUCUCGAGGCAGAGCAGCGUCUCGAACAAGUCGGGUGCCGGCAGCGCAGCGGGCCGAGACGCCGGUGCCGCCACCGCUCCAAAAGGCGAUGGCGAGGAGGACACGCCGCUGCAGCGUGCGCUCAAGAACCCGUACCACAGACCGCUGCCUGGCCACCCCGGCAAUCUGACGACCAGCCAGGCAGAAGCUUUGCUGGAGCUGACCCAGCUGCUGCUCAAGGACGGAGCCCUCCACGACCCCGAGAAGGAACCGCCUUCUUACCAGGAGACGCAGCUGCUACGCUUCCUGCGAGCCCGCAGCUUCAACGUCGAAGCGGCGAGGACCAUGUACCUCAAAUCCGAGGCGUGGAAGAAGGAGUUUGAGCUCGACCGUCUCUGCGAGGAGUUCAUCUUCGAGGAAGAAGAGGCGGUCGCAGCCUGCGGCUGGAGGAUGUACUUCCACAAGGUCGACAAGCUUGGCCGCCCGAUCUUUAUCCAGGACCUCUCGAACCUGGACACGACCAAGCUGCUUCAGACGACGACGCCGGAGCGGAUCAUCAAGAAGUUUGCCGUGACCCUCGAGCUGGCGGUGCGCCACCGGUACGAGGCGUGCACGCUCUCGAGCGGGCGGUGGGUCGACGACAACAUGAUGGUGGUCAACGUCGAGGGCUUGGGCCUGUCGACGUUCUGGACGAUGAAGGACCAGCUGCAGCAGCUGCUCGGCGUCCUCGACCAGAACUUUCCCGAGCUCUCUGGCCGCGUCCAGAUCAUCGGCGCGCCCUUCAUGUUCAGCGCCAUCUGGUCGCUGCUCAAGGGCUGGCUGCCGGCCGCGACGGUGGAAAAGGUCGACAUCGCAGGUUCGGGCUACCUGCCACUGAUCCUCAAAUACGUGCGCAAGGAGGACUGGCCCAAGCACCUGGGAGGCGAGUGCUGCUGCUCCGGUGCGACGGCGACGGGCAGCGACGGCGCCACGCCGGCAAAGGGCAAGUCGGACGGGUGCCUGCACAGCGACGAAGGGCCGUGGGACAAGGACCUCGUCGUCGGCGCCUCGCCGAGACCGUCGUAG